AUGGGUUUCAGGGCACUUAAUCUUGUACGGCCGUUCAUGGCUGUCCUUCCCGAGAUUGCUACUCCCGAUCGCAAGGUGCCAUUUGAUCAACGCGCUUUAUGGACCGUGGUGACGCUCUUCAUCUUUCUCGUCAUGUCGCAAGUGCCAUUGUAUGGUAUCAUGUCGUCCGAUUCAUCUGAUCCCUUAUACUGGAUGCGUGUCAUCUUGGCUUCCAACCGUGGUACCCUCAUGGAACUUGGUAUUACGCCCAUUGUCACCUCUGGCAUGAUUAUGCAGUUGCUCUCUGGUGCCAAUCUUAUCCAUGUGGAUUAUAGCCUUAAGGAAGAUCGUGCCUUGUUCAGUGGUGCUCAAAAGUUGUUUGCUGUAUUGAUCGCUAUUGGCCAAGCUACCGUGUCCGUAUUGACUGGAUUGUAUGGCAGCCCUAAGGAAAUUGGUGCUGGUGUUUGCGUCCUUCUUGUGUUGCAAUUGGUUGGUGCCUCUUUGGUGACCAUGCUCUUGGAUGAACUUUUGCAAAAGGGUUAUGGAUUUGGCUCUGGUAUCAACUUGUUUAUUGCUACCAACAUUUGCGAGACUAUCUUCUGGAAGGCCUUGUCUCCUACCACCGUCAACCUUGGUCGUGGUGAUGAACCCGAAGGUGCCUUGAUUGCCUUGGUGCGCUUGUUGGUGUCGCGUAAGAGCAAGGCACGUGCUUUGAAGGAAGCCUUUUACCGUUCGCAUCUUCCCAACGUGAUGAACUUGAUUGCCACCUUUGCCAUCUUUGGUCUUGUUACCUACCUCCAAGGCUUCCGUGUUGAAUUGCCUGUAAAGUCAAACCGUGUUCGUGGUCAACGUGCUAGCUAUCCCAUCAAGCUCUUCUAUACUUCGAGCAUGCCUAUCAUGUUGCAAUCCACUAUCACCUCGAACAUUUUCAUGAUUUCCCAAAUGCUCUACAAGCGUUUCGGCUCCAAUGUCCUUGUUCGUGCCCUUGGUGUAUGGGAACCUCUUGAUGGAUCUAACCAAUGGUUUGCUCGUGGUGGUAUUGCCUACUACUUGUCUCCUCCUCGCAGCUUGAUUGAAGCUGUUUUGGAUCCUAUCCACACUGCAGUCUAUAUCACCAUCAUCCUUACCAUGUGUGCUCUCCUCUCAAAGACCUGGAUUGAAGUAUCGGGCUCCUCUGCUCGUGAUGUUGCACGUGAACUCAAGGAUCAACAACUUGUCAUUGUCGGCUAUCGUGAUUCGUCCAUGUACAAGGAACUCAAGCGUGUCAUUCCUGUUGCUGCUUCCUUUGGUGGUGCAUGUCUUGGUGCCAUUUCAGUUCUCGCUGACAUGCUUGGUGCUAUUGGUUCGGGUACUGGUAUCUUGCUUUGCGUCACUAUCAUCUAUCAGUACUUUGAAAUGAUCAUGCGCGAGCAGAUGGAAUCGGGUAUGGGCAUGGAAUCUAUGAUGGCCGGUAGCGGCUUGUAA